GGGGAUGAGCAAGGACAACAAUUACGUCAUUUCCGGGUUGGAGAACCACAGACGGCAAAAUGGAAGGAAGCGAUAUUGAGGAGUUGAGUGCUCGGCUCCAACAGCUGGAAAAGCGCGUGUACGGAGAACGUGAGCAAAGUAAUAAGCCAUUUAAGUCUGUCGAGUCUUUGGCAAGGAUUAAUUCUGCCCUCGCAAACACAGCCAGCAAGAGAGAACGAGUCAAGAUUCUUCACAAGAAAAUUGAAGAUCUGCUGAAGUAUAUAGAUCCACAAUUCACAGACCACAUUGCCGUGCCAGAUGCAAUGAAAUUGGAGUUUAUUUUAGCAGAGGAGGACUUUCUGUGCUCUCAGGCUGCCUUGCUGGAGCAGGUGAAUAACCUUCAGCCUCUGCUGGAUAGCCCAUAUAUUAAAGCUGCUCCAGAACUUUCUACCAAACUGCAGCGUCUGUCACAACUUCACAUCAGUCAGCAGGACCAAAGUGAAGAGAUAUCUGCUGAUGUGAAAAGACUCUUUGAAGAAUACAACAAAAUGAUGUUUCUUUUGUCUAAACAGUUUACCCAGUGGGAUGAAACUCUGAGGAAGCUGGAGGCACCCAAACAAGUCCAGCUAACCGAUUAGUGAAAUAACGCUUCAUUUUUGACACUAAGUUAAUAGUCAUUUUUGUUUUCUUUUUGUUUUGCUGUACACAUGUUUAUUGUUAGCUUAUGAUGACAUUGAAACUGUUUAAUAUAGAUGAAUUGCACUCAUUGCAUGCAGUCAUUUGACAUAAAUUAUUUGCUUGUGUAAUAAAGUAUAAAUAUUA